CCAGGCGUCGACGGACGAAGGCUUUCGACGGUGUUUGCGAACCGCCGGUGAACCGAGAUGAACGCGACGGAUCCGCGGCAGUCGCGACGAUCGAUGAUCGCGAAAAUCGCUACGGAAAGCGAGCGGAUCCCGUCAGAGGGAAGUGAGUUGGAACCGGGUAGAGUCAACCUUGAUUCGCGCGCUAACGAGGUGAACAAAGCUCUCGGCGAGCGUCGCGGGAAAAGCGGGUCAAGGUGUCAAUAGACGUUAAGGCAGCCGUCAAGAUAUCGGCACAAGGUGUUAGCGCACCGAUUCCCGUAGGAAAACAAACCGUCACGCGACACUGUUAACGAUCGACGGGCCCCUAUCAGCCUCGUGAUCGUUAAUCAACGAUCGGGGAUCAUCGUGUUUGGACUUUCUCGGAGUCAUCGUCACGCGACUCUGCUGUCAACGAUCAACAGGGACCCGUCCGUGGCUACGAUCGCGAACCGCCUCGAUCCCAUCGACAGUCAAUCGCGGAAACCGAUCGCUACACGACCUGGUGCCUCGAUCACUUCGCGCUACACUCGCGUCCCACUGUGCUUCUCUGCGCUUUUUUCCUAAGUUCUCCAGUUUCGAAAUUUAACUUCUCGUACCGCUACAGUGGUUUGAAACCUUGUGAUUUUCUGUUUUGGUGAACGAGGGACACGUUCGAACGCGCGAUUACGCGUGUCCUGUGUUACUUAACGUUUUGAUACUUUGCGUUUCGUUGAUUCGUGUGUUCUCGAACAUCGUUUCCGUGUGGCUCGAUAUGGAGAUCGACAUGGGCGGGAGGACAAACAAAUCCACGGAGGAAUUAACUAAAAGACGCGUCUCCAUCAGCGAUCAGAUUCUCGGUACGGAUAAUCCGACCUUUGAUCAUCAUCGUCGCAUAAGCGCCAGCUCGGAGCAUAACUCCGAUCAGGGUCGUGGUAAAUCGAUACUGGCCCACGGGGGCAGCAACCACGGAAGCGCGGAGAAUAUACCGCAGCACAAGUUCGAUCUCGAGAAUGGGAGGAUCAAUGGGAACAGGAAGAAGUCGGCUUACAGCCUGACGAGCUCCAUCAGGGACAAGAUCGAAUUCUCGGAGGAACUGGAACGGUCGUGGUUGUACGUAUUUUGCUCGCGAUGCCACGGUCGCGACGACACGCCAUCGUGGGAGCCACCCGGCUGGAAAAGAGCCUGUCCGCAGCCAUUUUGCCCCAGCUACAGAAAAUUCGCCAGACUGUUGUGUCUCUUCCUGUUAGGGCUGUUGCUCUGGGGUAUCGUCUAUUCGGUGAUCGGCGACGACGCAGCCCCUGGUGGCCAGCUCUUCGGUCUAGCUGCUCUGUCAAUAGUGGCACAUUUCGGGGGAUGGCUCUUCUCCUUAACCACCCUUCCUGCCCUGAUCGGCAUGCUCAUCACCGGCAUUAUACUUCAGAACGUUGGACUGGUCAGCAUUGAGGGCAACUACACCGUCGUCAUAUCCAAUCUGCG